UUGUUGCGACUGCGACUUAGGACGAAGGUGAUCACGGCCGCCGCCACAACGACAAGUCUGGUGAUCAUUCUGGUGCUGUUCAUCUCCGCGCCAACGAUCACCGCCCAGGAGGCACAGGCACCCUUGCUGCCCGUGGCGCCCUACGGAGAAUGCGACGGCGGGAACGGCGGCGACGUGGGCACGGCGGUGCAGAUGAAGCAGAUCCUCAUCCAGGACCUGGUCGGCGUGGCGCCCGGUAAGCCGAGGCUGAACUACUGCAACGGGCUGCUGAUGAACGGGCUGCAGAUGGUCGGGUUCUCCGUAGAAGACGUUUGUCCCGCAGCCACCGCCCAGGACCAGGAGGCGCCCAGGCUGCCAGUGGAGCCCGACUGGGAAUGCAACGGCGGCAACGGCGGCGACGUGGGCACGGCGGUGCAGAUGAAGCAGAUCCUCGUCGAGGACCUGGCCAACGUGGUGCCCGGCCGGCCGAGGAUGAACUACUGCAACGUGUACACGCUGAACGGGCUGCAGAUGUUCGGGUUCGCGGAGUGCACGAUCCACGGCGCCCCCGGCGACGUGCCGGGCUGCCGGCAGUGCUUGUCGGAGGUGGGUGAGCAGCUGACGCAGAACUGCGACGACACGGGUGCGGGUCACGCCUGGGAUGUCGCCGAGAGCGGUUGCUACCUCAAGGUCGGCUUCUCCCGAGACGUUUGUCCCCAAGGUGUGGCGGCGCCGGAGGCCGUCGAGUCGUAA